CUUAAACAAAUCCAAAUAAGCUUUAAUCAAGUUCAAAUGAGUGAAUUUGAGUUGAUUUUAUCAAGUGGAUUAUAAUGACAAGUGAACUUCAUUAAUGAAUUAGAGGAACAGGAAAGUAAAUUUGAUUGUGUAAUAUCUGGAUAUAUGUAGAUAGUCUCAAGAAGGAUUUAGUGUUGAGCCAAUGUUCUAUAGAGAAAGUUUGAACAGAUAUUAAAGUCAACAUCUUAAUGUCAAUUCUAAAGACUGCAUCUAGCUUACAUUGGUUCAGUUUAACAGAGAAAAUGAAUCGUCACAAUCGUUUUAUGCAGUUAUCAAUGCCGGGACAUAUGUCACCGGGACAUAUGUCGCCAACUCCGGGAAAUCAACCAAUAAUUCCACAGUAUGGAUUCACUCCGAUUCAUACGCAUCAGAUGUCAACUGGGUCAUCUGCGUCAUCACCUAUGAUGUCAACGCCUCCAAUGACACCACAUACUCCGAUGACACCGCAUACUCCGAUGACACCACACACUCCGAUGACGCCUCAUGCUCCAUAUGGGAAGCUCGUAGAAGUGAGAUUCUGUUACUCUCCAGUAAAGGAGGUCGAAGAAGACAUGGUUCAUACGCCACCAGAAUCUCCAUUGACCCCAAGAUCGUAUGUGCGUAAAAAAUUGGAAUAUACCCUACAGAAAGCAAA